AUGGAUUAUCACGGAGAAGAUCUAAAGAUUCAUCUUUGUUCUGGUUUGCGAAUUUGUGGAAAACACUGGGGAUACAAAAAUGGGUUCCCCGUUCUCGCCUUGCAUGGAUGGCUUGAUAACUGUGCCACGUGGGACGUUUUGAUUCCAACACUGGUAUCUAAAUAUCCCAAUCUACGGUUUAAUAUCCUUGCAAUAGAUUUUGCUGGCCAUGGAAAAUCGGACCAUCGUAGUCUUCAAACACCAUAUGCCAAAAUAUUUGAGUUGCAGGAUUGCAUUAAUGUUGCAAAUGCUUUUGGAUGGGAUACAUUUUCAUUACUUGGUCAUUCCAUGGGUGCGCUUGUAUCUACUUAUAUUGCUGGCUUUUUCCCUACAAGAAUAGUAUCUGUAAUAGCCAUUGAAGUGGUUGCUCCACUCUACAUGCAAAAUGCCCACCGUGUCGAAAAGAUUGCCUCGGGAAUUCUAGAAACCAACAAAUUUCUAUCCAGAAAAAAUCCUGAGCUUACUAAGCGGAUAUUUGUAUCGGUUGACAAGGCGGUGUCAGCCAGAAUGCACGGCAGACAUAAGGUUUCUGAGCCAGCUGCUCGGCUACUUGUUACAAGAGGGAUCAAACCUGUUGAAUCAAUCAAUGAUUUUGGUGUCGAAUCUUUAGCCGGAUGGGUAUGGUCGUCCGAUCAGCGAAUGGUGAUUCAAACUCCAUUUCCCCUUUCUCGUCAAACUGCUAUUGAAAUGCUGGAGCGUAUCAAAUGUCCAUUAUUGUGUAUUAUGGCUAAUCACGAUAUGAAGCAAACAUUUGAUACACCCGAGUACAAGCAAGUAUUGGAUACUCGCUUGGAGAUUGUCCGAUUCAAUGAUGUGGCAUCGCAUCAUUUGCAUAUGGAGUUAGAGUUUGUCGAUCGUGUCGCUAGUGCGAUUGCCUUGUUUUGGGACAAACAUAUGAAAUUAUUGAAUUUACAAAUAAAUUCUCACAAGACAGACACUCGAGUCAAAAGAAAGAAUUAG